AGUGGUAAGAACCUGCUGAGAUCAAAUCUAAGGAGCCAGAGGAAUUAGAAGGCCUGAUGGAAGGUUGGAAGAGCUAGUCUGAAGAGGGUGAAGGAGGACCAGGAAUGUUGGAAUGAGAGGGAAGUUAGGAUUUUCAAUCAGCUCCUAGGGGUUGGUGUUGAGAACUUGAAUGGACUGUGAUGAAGAAGAGUGGCCUGGUGGUCUGGACUGGGGAAAGACACUGGGAUGUGUGGGUUAAAGUGAAGGAUGGGGGCCUAGGAAACUUAGUUUGGGGAUGUGAAAUAGGGGAUUUGAAAGUUUAGCCUGGGGGCCCUGGAAUGUUGGUGGAAGGUCGUAGACUAGAUGGAAAAAGAAUGAGAAUCAAGAGCAAGGAGGAAGAUGAAGAGUAGGAGCAGUCCCUCUAGCUUGAAGAAGAAAUCCUGGGGAAAGACUGGUAGCUCUCUUUUGAAUAUGUGCUUCCCCUUAUUGGCCAGGUAGCAGAGCUAGUCUCCAUAUUCUUCCCCCCUUCCCCCUCCCCUUUCUUUGCUGACUUGGUCAAGAGCAGAAGUGGGCAGGUUUAAUGUUUAUGGGGAGGGGAAGGAAGGAAGAGGCUGGGACUGGGCUCCUGCUCUGCCCUCCCCCAAUACUUCUCACUUUGGCCCCAGCAGGUGUCUGAAAGUGCUGCUCCUGUGGUAUUCUGGGACUUGUAGUCCUUAGUUUCAUGCCCAUGGCAUUCUGGGAGCUGCAGUCUUUGCAGUCCACAGACUGGCACAGCUGUUUGACACCAGCUGGUGUUUCUGGGUUCCCACCUCCUGUACAGAGGGUGAGGUCCUUGCCUCUCCACUGAAUCCCAUCCUCCCUCCCCCACACACAGAGGCACCCCUCCCAAGCAGCCUUAUGAGUCAGCUUAGAGCCCUGGUCUACAUCCAGCCUGGCUCUGUGGUUAGAGAAGGGGGGAACCUUCUGGUUAAAGGGUCUGGUACUCCAAAGGCCACUGAGGGUAAUGAUCAGAUGCCAAGAAUGCUGGGGUCACCUGGGGCACCUUGUCAUCAGCUGGCUUCCCUGGGAGGAGUUCACAGAGUACCCAGAAAAUCAGAGGCUGAGUGGGGGUGGGGAUAGGACCUGAAAUAAUUGCUGUAGGGUAGAAGGCUGAGGACAUUUUCCUCGGGGCAUAUGUUGGUUGGGUCAAGAAGAAUUCAAUGCUAUACUAUUUAAUUCAUUUAGCAACAGUGCUUUGAAGAGCUGUGUUGGGCUGGGGGAGAGGAAGGCAGAAUAGAGAAGGCACAAAGUAUAGUGUGGAGACACCUCUACCUCCAGAAAUAUAAACUCGAGAGAAUCAUCAGAUUCUAACAGACCUUAUGAAGUGGAAGAGUGAAAGAAUUCUUAUAGAAACUCUACCCAUUAUUCAAAGGUCAGCACAAUUUCCACCCUCUCCAGGAAAACUUCUCUGACCCUAGUCCAUAAUGAUUUAUCCUUAACCACUUCUUUUCACUAGUGCCUUCCAGGGAUAGUCAAGUCCCCUUGAUCUGAAGUCCCCUGGGCCUUCUCUGUGGUCCAGUGGGUCCCAGCUUCACCUCACCUUGUGGAUAAGGUUUGGAAAGGCAAAGAGAAGAGGUAGGGCAGUUCCAUCUAGAAGAAAAAGGGAUCUUUGGGUAAAUCCCCUGGAUUCCAUUUGAAUAGGAACAAAAUGGAAUUGGUGGGCAGUUUUUCCUCACUUGAGAGGAAACAAUUCCCUAGUCCAAGAAGCCCUCCUUAAACAACUCCCUCUGAAAUGGGUUCCUAAGUGAAGGAUUUUUUUAGUGAGGUGGUAGGGCAGAGGUGGGUGUGGGUCUAGUACAUGUGGGACAAAUUAGUGAGUGUGAAAUUGCGUUUAGUAUGCCGGUUGUUUUCUAGAGAGUAAACACAGCUGUCCUGGAGUGAAGGAACCCACCUUCAGAGUGGAAAUUAUUUUUUUGAGUUUGUGCAAGAAUGUUUUGAGGUGGGGUGGAGGCCUUACCCUCUGAAGUAAGGGGGUGGGGCUUAGGUGUCUACAGCUGCAGCCCAGCACUGCUGCCCUCUUCGGUGGCUGCCUUAUCUUUAGUUUACAGUGCCCUGGGGGGAGGGGCAGGCCCUGGGAAAGACCGUCCUUCUUAGCUCCCUUACCCCAACCCUCCCCACCCCACCUUCUUUCUCCUUGAGAACUGAGCCUUCUGUUAAAGAGCCAGGCUGCCUGGGAGCCUGUUGGAAACUGCUGGCCUGCCAGAUCACUAGCCUAAAGAGCUUGGGAACUGAAUGAAGGCUGUGGGGGAAGCGAAGGAGUCCCAUUUGAGCCAAGGAGCUGCCCGGGAUGGUGGCAGUGACCGUGCCAGUGGAGUGGGCAUGGGCCAGACUACCAGCUAGUGGAGAAGAGCAGUUGGAAAGGGGGAUUAGAGAGCCAGGCAAGGGCCCCCCUGCAGCGUGAUGUGCCCAGGACCCCCAGCCCAGGCCCAAAGCAAAGGCCUCCUGGGGAGACUGCUCUGACUUGAGGGGAACUCCAUGCGCCACGUGCAGGUGGAACCAACGCCAUCCCCUGAGCCUGGCCCCUCACAGCCCCCAGCUGGGCAGAGGGGCCGGAGGGGUGGGCUGCUCAUGGGCUUCAGCCAAGCAGGAGGGACUGUGUCCCAGGGAGUCUACCAGGUGUCUGUCUUUUCCCCUCUGGCCAGCCCUCCUGAACCCCGUAGGGCCCUGAAGCGGCCAGGACCCCCUACUGAAGGUGUCCGUGAGGCAAAGAGAGGUCCAGGGCUAGCGGGUAGGGAAGGACAACCCCUUGAGGAGCCAGCCACUUUAGGGCCAUUGGAUCCUGGGCUGGGCCUGGGGCUGGGAGGGGCAGGUCAGCACUUCUCACACCGUGGCCUCCAAGUUGUGGAGCAUCGGGACAGCCCAACUCCACCUAGAACUACUGGGGCCUGGAUUUCCCCUGGGCCUCUACCACAUGCUUCCUAUAGCACUUUGCACACCAGAGACUGGGGCCCCCCAGAGCCUGGGGGGAAGGCGGGCCUAGAUGAGGCCCCUGGGCCAGUGACACCUUCUGGCCAGCUGCACAUACUUGAUGCUGAUUUGCACAGUCUUGCACAGAAAGGGGAAGAGGACCCAGGACCUGAGAUGGGCAAUGGGGGUAGCCCCUGGCCUGGGGAACCCCCCGGCACUGCCAAUGGACACAGCCCUGAGCAUACUCCCCCAGGCCCAGCCCCCCCAGGGCCCUGUCCUGCCAAGCGACGGCUGCUCCCAGCUGGAGAGGCCCCUGAUGUCAACUCUGGAGAUGAGGGACCAGCCCCCCGAAGGCAUAGGGCUGCUCCUUCUGGCCCUCCCCCUGCUACCCGAAGUACUGAUGCCAAAGCUGCGCCAUUCUGGAACCACCUGCUGCCCAUAUCCAGGGAGCCAAUGCAGGGCUUGGCAGACUGCAGUCCUACAGGGCGAAGACUGAAAGGUGCCCGACGUUUAAAACUGAGCUCUCUGCGAAGCUUCCGGAAGGGGCCAGGCCUGCUGAUUUCUCCCAGUGCCCCCCAUGUUCCUACCCUUGCUGUCAGCCGCACCCUGCUAGGCAACUUUGAGGAGUCAUUGCUUCGAGGUCGAUUUGUGCCAUCUGGCCACAUUGAGGGCUUCACUGCUGAGAUUGGGGCCAGUGGUUCCUACUGCCCCCAGCAUGUCACCCUACCUGUUGCUGUCACCUUCUUUGAUGUCUCUGAGCAUAGUGCCCCAGCCCCCUUCCUGGGCGUCGUGGACCUGAACCCUCUGGGGAGGAAGGGCUAUAGCGUUCCCAAGGCGGGCACCGUUCAAGUGACCUUAUUUAACCCUAACCAGACGGUGGUGAAGAUGUUCCUUGUGACCUUUGACUUCUCGGACAUGCCUGCUGCCCAUGUGACCUUCCUUCGCCACCGACUCUUCCUGGUGCCUGUGGGUGAAGAAGGCAGUGUGAACCCUACUCGACGCCUCCUCUGCUACCUGCUACACCUCAGGUUCCGAAGUUCUCGUUCUGGCCGGCUGUACCUACAUGGGGACAUCCGCCUCCUCUUCUCCCGUCGGAGCCUGGAACUAGACACAGGGCUCCCCUAUGAGCUGCAGGCCUUGACAGAGGCCCCCCAGAAUCCUCGUUAUUCACCUUUGCCCUGACUGCCCAGAUGAAAAGCAGGCCUUUCCAAGGACACUGGCCUACUCCAUCUUCGACUCCCUGGGCCUGAGGAGAGAGAGGCAGGUCCUCCAGGCCUGAAUUAAAGGGACAGCCAUACUCAAGAUUGAAGUAUUGACCAUUUGGUGUUUGAAACUCCUGUCCUCCAUCUUCCAGCUAAUUAAAGCCCUGCUCCAGGUUCACACACACUCUCUCCCCUCCCUUUUGGCUUUCCAGCCACUACCCUAGAUGGUGAAGAAGGGAAAUAUCCCUAAUGUCUGGAGUUGUAGGGGGUGGGGCCUUCUCCAAGUUCUGUAGAGCUUAGGAACACAGGCCUAUCAACCUUUUCCUCAGCUUUCCCUUCCCAUCCUGGGCAGGGGCCACCUCUUGUUUUAUUUAUUGCUAAUUUAUAAUUUAUUCAAUUGGAACUGCUUUGUUGACCUCCAAAACCUGACAAUUGACAUUGCUCCACCCAUCUCAGAUACUGCCCUAACCUUUGGGUUUGAGCAGACUGAUCUCUGCUAAGGUGAAUAGAGCUGCCCUCUAUUGGUUAGGGACAGCGAUGCUAGGAGGAAGAAGAGAGUAUAGCAGAAUGGUAUGGGGGUGGCCUUACUCCAUGUGCCUGAGGGCCAGAGUAGAGGUGUUAUCCUGAAGAGACUGGGUCAGUAGCCAAAGACCUAGUUUCCCUACUUCCUGUUCUCCCUUACCUUGCCCCAUGAGGCCUCCCAGAAACCAAACGUGUGUGUGUGUUUGUAAAAGUAAGCCACAAGGGGGGAAUGGGCACUAUAUUCCAAUGUGCCCUUUCCCUUCACUGUCCAUCUCUCCCACCCUUGGGGGGGGGCGCCCAAGUGAAGAGAGAGAGAGGGGUGUGUGUGAGUGUGUGUGUGUAUGUGUGUGUGUGUGUGUGUGUGUGUGUUUGGGGGCAGUGGGGUGGAAGAGACAUGGCUAGGGUUGAAGAGUCAGGGCCAAGAACAAGGGCUCUCCUCCUUCCCACUUCUUGCCCAGGGAAAGGCUGAGCCCUGGACUCUGACCCACCUACCUCAGCUUGGGGGAGGAAUGGCCCCUGCACAUUUGUGUUAUGGUUGCUGUGGUUCCUGGCUGUCUGUUCCCCCUGGACUGUACCCUAUCCUGGACCCUGACCCAGCCCCAGCCCUGCCUCCUGGGGAUGAGUGUAGGGGAACAAACAUUUGCAGAAACUUGAAAAUCAGAGGAAUAAAUUGUACCUGGUACUUUUCUUAAAAAAAAAAAAAGAAAAGAAAUUUAAUAAAUUUUGUUUGGAGACAUGA